GCGCGACGCACACCGCUGCACUACGCAGCACUGUACGGGCACGUGGCCGCGGCCACCGCGCUCCUGCAAGGCCGGACCGUCGUCGAGUACGCCUCGCUCUUUGGCCCGGCCGCAGACGCGCCGCUCGAAGGCAACGCCGACCCCAACACCACCACGAGUGACGGCGAGACGCCGCUGCAUUGGGCGGCCCGACACCCGUUCCCGAGCCUCGUGGCCUGUCUGCUGCAGUACAAGGCCAAUGUCCAUGUCCGCAACUCGAAGGGCAAGUCGGCGCUGGACAUGGCUGUCAAGCGCGGCUACACCGAUGUCGUCACCAUGCUGCUCGAGGCCAAGGCGAGCGUCCAGGAGGCCAACUGCGAUGGGUGGACGCCGCUGCAUGUUGCCACGUGCCACGGCUACACGCUCAUCGUGCGCCGCCUUCUCGACGCGGGGGCUGACGUCGAUGCAACGACCACCGCGGGCGACACGGCUCUGCACGUGGCGGCGCGGUAUGGCCACGACAGCAUCAUCGAAAUGCUGCUCGCGUGCGGCGCCAGCACGUACAUGUACAACCAUACAGGCAAGACGGCACUUGCGCUCGUGAAGGCCAACACACAAGGCGCCUUGCUGCUUGAAGCUGACAUGGUCGCGCUGGCCACCGAGGAUGCUCACAACCAGCAGCGGCACGACCAGCUGGUCUGCGCCGCGCGCAAUGGCGACGUACGCGAGACGGCAAAGCUCUUGGACGCGGGUGUCUGCCCCGACGACGCGACCAGCUCGACCACGGCGCUGCACUGGGCGGCGGCGAAGGGCCAUGCUCCGAUCGUCGAGAUGCUUUUGGAGGCCGGCGCCGACACGGACCCAGUGCAAGCCACGGACUUGUGGACGCCGUUGAUGCUGGCGGCCGCCCACGGCCACCUUGCGGUCGUGGAGAGCCUGCUGCGCCGCUACGCCAGCAUUUUUCUGACGGAUGCGGAGGGCAACACGGCGCUUCUGAUCGCAGCCACGCACGGUGCGACAGCGUGUGUCGAGCGCCUUCUGCAGGCGCAAGCCGACGUGUCGGCCACGAAUGAUGCUGGGGACACGGCGCUUCAUGUGGCCUCUCGCGGCGGCCACAGUGACGUGGUCCGCGUUCUGCUCGCCGCGCACGCUCCGCUGCAUGCCAUCAACCACGCCAAGGAGACGGCGCUGGUCCUUGCGCCGUCGCACAGCGACGUGGAAGCGAUCCUGGCCCCGCUUGUCCAGUCCCACGUUGGCCACCUCAUCGAGGCCGUCGAGACGGGCGAUGCUGCUUCCGUGCAAGCCUACCUGCAGGCCGGUCUGCCCGUGGAUCUGCGCAAUAAGGCUGGCCGAACGCUCCUGCUGCUGGCCAUCGAGAAAGGCCAGACGGCCAUCGUCGACGUCUUGGUGGCGGCCAAAGCCCCGGUCAACCAACGCGCCACCGACGGCACGUCGCCGCUGAGCUUGGCCGCCGGUCUUGGCGAAUACCGCGUCGCUGAGACCUUGCUGCAGGCGGGUGCAGACCCCAACACAACGCAUCGUGAGGGCCGUGCGCUGCUUCUCGUGGCGGCCAGCGACGGACAUGAAGCGCUCGUGCAGCUGCUCAUGAGCACGGCGCCACGUCCAUGCGGCUGA